AUGGGCAAGGCUAUUCACGGCGCCUGGAACUCAUUCAAGUGGGAACCUUUCCCGGAGUAUGACGGAAAGAAGUCAGUGGUUUACCGCUCCGCCGAUGGCAAGAUUGUUGCCGGUGCCGCCCACGAGAAGGGAAAAGCCACCCUCGUCUACCCCUGUGACGAGUUCUUCUUCGUGACAGAAGGUUGGAUCAAGUGCGAGCCCGAGGGUCAAGAGGCGUUCACGGCCACCAAGGGAGACGUAGUUUAUUUUGAGCGUGGCACCAAGGUCAACUUUGAAUUUAGCGAGGACUUUUACAACGUUGCCAUUUUCAUCUCGACGGAUGGCGAGAAAGUUAGCCUGGUGUAA